AUGUUAUUCGCAUUCCAAACGGUCUCACUGCUAUUGAUGUGCUUGAUGUGUCCUAUAACCUAUGGCCGCAAUGAGGGAUGUGCUUCAACUGCGGUAAGCUCUACAAUGCAAAACUUCCACGAUAGGGUCUUGAAGAGGCGCAUACGAUCUGUGGUUUUUCCCAAGAAGGCUCAGCUUCUGUUGACACCAUCACUUGGCAAAGCUAUCUUGGGAGGCAGACCUCGUGGCUUGGGUUAUUCCAUCGAGUUUGAUAUGUACAAUAUUUUGCCAGACACGAUAGAGACGUGGAAGCCGACAAUUCUUUUGAAACAGUUGGAAAAUAGGAAAAAAACAGAGGAAGUCAAACCUGCAGUGGAACCCAUAAAAAUGUCAUCGGAUAACUCUAGCUACAUGGAUUUGGCAACCCUAUAUCCAGAGUUUUAUGGGCCAGACGACUGGAAUGACAUGGGCUUGUACCAGUUUCCGUUCGACGAUGAUGUGAAUGCACCAUGGGCUUAUUACCAUUCAAAAAUUGAUGCGGGCCUCAUGGAUCCCAUCUGGCAGAAGCAAGAUCCCCAUAUUCAAAGCUUGGCGACCAAUAGCAAAUUAACGCCUAGUCCAAUUCAGCUAUUCUAUAAAAGACCAUUUCGGGGUAAACAAGAUGGUGCAGUUAAGAACGAAUCACACCAACAAUCAGAAGAGAAUGACGCCUCCGAAUGGUAUCAUAAUCAAAACUAUCGCGAACGAAGACAAAUUUUUGACCAACUGGAAGCUGUUGGAAAACUCUUCAAGAUUAACAUGAAAUCAUGCAUCCAAAGAGCCAUGUGUGAAAUCACCACUCAACUAAAGCCCUUCGGCAUGUCCCUAAUGGAUGACCUCAUUAGGAUUAUUCUGACAGUCCCUCCAACGGCCGCUGCAAAUGACGACUACAAACAUCGUUACAGCAAUGUGAACUGUGCUCAUCGCUUCUCUGUCUCUUGUCCCUACCGAGUGAUUGAAUUCCUCACAAAGGGCUUAAAAGCCAACUUCAAAUAG